CUUAAAUCACUACAACUUACUUUGGUACAAUGGACAAUUUGUUAGUUGUCCAAGAAUUGGUUGCAAGCUAGAUUUCAUCUUCUAUCCCUGGAUGAACAGAGGAUGUGAUUUCAUUAAAGUAAUGGGAGGAGAGGCUUGACAGAAGAGGCACAGAACAGACCAUGGCUGCACAUCGAAUCCGAGCAACAAACAACAAUGCCCUACCACGAUGCAGGUCUGAAGGUGCACUCAUUGAUUUCAGUGAAGGAGUGUCAGAAGCCAACCUUGCAGGUGCCAAACUUUGCCUGUUUGUGGUGCCUUCACCUAGUGCCUUACGACUGGAUACCACUGCAUCAUUCGGUGGUGCCAGGGAAGUUGUUGCUAUUAAGGAUUACUGUCCAUCCAGCUUCACUACUCUGAAGUUUGCAAAGGGAGAUCAUCUAUUUGUACUUGAUACUUCCUGUGGAGAAUGGUGGUAUGCUCACAACAACACCGAAAUGGGCUACAUUCCAGCAGCCUAUGUCCAGCCUAUAAACUGUCGGGAUUCAUCAUUCAGUGACAGUGGCAUGAUUGACAGCUCAGGGGAAUGCUCUGAGGAAGGGGCCAAGGAGCUAGACCUGUUUGGGGAGUGGAAAGGGAACAUCCUGACCCCCAUUGCACCUCAAAAUGGGAACCCCUUCAGAAAUAACCGAGCAUCCACUAACCCUUUCCUUUGCAGCGCACAGGAAGGCUCGUUUGACCAGAACAGCAACCAGACACCAGUUGACCUGCUUUUAAGCGAUCCCCUCACUCCAUCUUUUUCAAACUCCACAAGCAGCAAUAUUAACAUCAAUGGCUUUGGCAGUGGAAUAUUUGAAACAAAUGCCAUUUUCCCCACCAUAACUACAGGUCAGAACCCUCGCAGGGACAACCCAUUUUUUAGGAGCAAACGUUCUUACAGCUUGUCAGAGUUGUCAAUUUUGCAGGCCCAGUCAGAUGCACCCGAUUCUUCAAUGGGUUUCUUUGGUGGCUUGAAAGCACCAGCACCUGAGCAGUUUCAGAGCAGAGAAGACUUCCGAACAGCAUGGUUAAACCACCGCAAAUUGGCAAGAUCCUGCCAUGACCUGGAUUCCUUGGGUCAGAGCCCAGGCUGGGGUCAAACUCAACCCGUAGAGACUAAUAUUGUGUGCAGACUGGACAGCACUGGAGGAGCUGUGCAGCUUCCAGACACCAGCAUCAGCAUCCAUGUUCCUGAAAACCAUGUUGCAUCAGGUGACACUCAGCAAAUUUCCAUGAAGGCACUGCUAGACCCACCACUUGAACUUAACAAUGACCGAUGUACCACGGUUAGCCCAGUGGUGGAAGUUAAGCUUAGUAACAUGGAAACUAAGACCACUAUCACCUUAGAGAUGAAAGUGUCAGUUGUGGUUAAGAAGGAGAGCAGAGACAUUGCAAAAGUGGUGUGCGUACGAAGUGACUGCAAGGAGGGCCCAUAUGUUCCUAUUGCUCAUGCGUACAUGUAUGGAGACACAGUUCAGGUAAGGUUAGACAACCUGGAGCCUUGCAUGUAUGUCUCUGUGGUUGCUCAAGCCCAAUCAGUGGCUCCAUAUGCCACAGUCUGGGAGCAUGUUGUGAAGAAAAUGACUCUUGGUGUAUAUGGGCCAAAGCACAUCCACCCAUCCUUCAAGACAGUAGUUGCAAUUUUUGGCCAUGAUUGUGCCCCAAAGACAUUGCUAGUGAAUGAGGAUGCGAAGAUGGGACGGUCCAACCCACCUGUGGCCCUGCAACUCUGGGGAAAACACCAGUUUGUUCUUGCAAAGCCACAAGACCUACAAGUUGGUGUGUAUUCUAACAUGUCCAAUUAUGAAGUUAAGGCUAGUGAUCAAGCACGAGUGGUAAGGGGCUUCCAAGUGAAACUGGGAAAAGUGAGCCGUCAGGUCUAUAUAAUUUCCUCCCGUGAUACAUCAGAAAUUUCUGAUUUCACACUGCGAGUUCAGGUCAAGGAUGACCAAGACUGCAUUCUUGGCCAGUUCUGUGUUCAGACUCCCCCAUCUGCUUCAAAAAAAGGACAAAGGAGCUCAGUGCAGAGACGUUUCUUAAAGAAGAAGGAGGUGAGCAAAAUUGUCUUGUCCCCUUUGGCAACAACCACAAAAUACCCUGUGUUUCAAGACCAUCGUGUCAACAACCUAAAAUUUGGCAAACUGCUCAAAACAGUGAUCAGACACACGAAGAAUCAGUAUUUGUUGGAAUACAAGAAAGGUGACAUGAUUGCGCUCUUGAGUGAGGAAAGAAUUAAAUUCAAAGGACAACUUUGGACAAAGGAGUGGUACGUAGGAUACUAUCAGGGCAAGAUAGGGCUGGUCCAUGUCAAAAAUGUACUCAUUAUUGGAAAAGUGAAACCGAUCUAUUUCAAUGGCCCUGACCUCACCACCACCAUACUCCUAGAGCAGAUCCUCAAGCCCUGCAAAUUUCUUACUUACAUCUAUGCUUCAGUGCGGACCAUACUGAUGGAGAAUGUGGGCAGCUGGAGGACAUUUGCUGAUGCCUUGGGCUAUGUCAACUUGCCUCUGUCUUACUUUUGCCGAGCAGAGAUGGACAGUGAGCCGGAGAAGGUGGCCUCUGUUCUGGAAAAGCUUAAGGAAGACUGCAAUUCUGCAGAGGGCAAGGAAAGGAAGUCAUUCCAGAAAGAGCUCAUGACAGCUCUACUCAAGAUGGACUGUCAAGGAUUGGUAGCCCGACUGGUCAUGGAUUUUGUGCUGCUGACUACAGCUGUGGAGGUGGCUGGACGCUGGAGAGAGCUGGCUGAGAAAUUAGCCAAAGUCUCCAAGCAGCAAAUGGAUGCUUAUGAGGCCCCUCAUCGAGACAGAAAUGGGGUGGUGGACAGUGAGGCUAUGUGGAAACCUGCCUAUGAUUUCUUAAUAACUUGGGCAGCUCAGAUUGGGGACAGCUACCGAGAUGUUACACAGGAACUCCACUUGGGCCUGGACAAAAUGAAAAACCCCAUAACCAGACGUUGGAGACACCUUACAGGCACGCUCAUCCUCGUCAACAGUAUGGAUCUGCUGCGGAGUUCUGCAUUCAGCCCGGCCCCUCAGGACGACUUUGUCAUCUAA